UGAGAUUCCAGAAUGAAAGUAAAGUCAAAGUCACUCCAGCAAGUGGAAUAUCAAGUAGUUGAGAAAUCCCCAAACUUCCAGACUAAAUGAGGCGCGGAGGAUGGUGCGACACCUGUUGGGAUUGACGUGUAUUGUGUCUGUGCAGGUAUAUGUACUGGGCAUUUGAAUGACCAUUGAUGGCACCGGGCCAGCAGGUGGCACUAGAGUUCCGAGACCCAGCCGCUCCGUGAGGGGGAGGGGGAGAGACUGUUGAGGUAGAUCAACAUGAAAAUGAGCGCUGAGGUGGACAGGAACCUUGAGGUGCGGUCCAUUAGUUUCCCUCGUUGGAAACCCUUGGGCUGCAGCGAGCCCACCCGGGCAGCAGGGGGCAGUGUUGCCACGAUUCCCAAAACAAACAAACAAACAAACAAACGCGAGACACGGAGCAGUGACGGCAGCCGCCGGGGAGGAUGAGGGCACCGUCACAAAGUUGGUCCAUGUGUCCCCUCAGUCACAGGAAGUCACGCCAAGGUUUCCGGUGUGUUUAGAGCGGAACCGCCAGGCGACCCGGAAGUAGUUCAGGUGAAUCCAAACAAAUCUACCGAACUUCAUCAAAGUAAAUCACUUCUUAACGACCUCGUCUUUAACCAACCUUAAACUUGUUAUUAUCGACAUGUGUUCGUCCGUUUUAUAGCUACCACUGUCUUCGUGUUGGACUGCGGAGGCGUUGGCUGGGAACCAGUGGCGCGGUCCGAAAUGGCGCCGUAGGCGAGUCCGCGGCUCGGACAGGGUCUUCACACGUGGUCCUGCACCUGCGCCAGUGACCGGUGUCACGUCAUAGCAGCGCGUCCGCGGAGUGGUGAGGAAGGGGACGCUCUUCUCUUCAGCAGGACGGUCGAUGCCGCGGCCCGUCUGCGUGUUGCUGCGUGUGCGCGGUGUCCACUCGGCUGCUGGAUGGAUGGAUGUGUGUGUGUGGAUCCGAGCGUCUGGUGACUUGAACCAGGGCACCGGCCCAGCUUCUGGUGUGUUCUGGAGUUAUCCCCCGCGUCGCUCAUCGGCCUCGCUGCAUGAGAUGCUGAGGCGCCCAUGCCGGACAGCGGUGCAGGCGGACGUGGUGUUUCUGGUGGAUGAGUCCUGGAGCGUGGGUCCGGCCAGCUUCUCCAGGGUCAAAGAGGUCAUCUCCGCUCUGGUCUCCUCCUUCAAGGGCAGAGCCUUCGGAGCGGAGGGCGUUCGCUUCGGUGUGACAGUCUUUGGGGACAUCCCAAGGAUGCGAAUCGCUCUGACAGACUACAGCACGAUGGACGAGGUGCUCCGGGCAAUCCGGGACCUUCCCUAUGAGGGGGGGCAGCGGAGAAUCGGGGAGACCCUCCAGUCUCUGGUCGAGACUGUGUUCAGUUCUGCCAUCAGUCGGGACAACACACCUAAGGUGGCUCUUCUGAUCACUAAUGGAGGUUCGGACGACGCGGUGGAUGCUGCGGCCAGGAGGGUGGCGGACAGUGGCAUCUCGCUGUUUGCCGUCGGUGUCUCAGGGGGCGCUGACGAGUCCGAGCUGAGGAGGAUCGUGUCCCAGCCGUAUGAGGAGCAUCUGCUGAUGGUGGCCGACUUCUCCCUCCUCCACACCGUCCUGCCCAAACUGUCCCGCAGAGUGUGCGUCACCGCCUCAGAGCCAGCGCGCCCUGUCAAGACUCUGCAGCCUGAGGAGGAGCGUGUGGUCGGCCCCAGAGACCUGCAGGUCAGCGAGGUGGCUCACGACUCGCUCAGGCUGACGUGGAGCGGAGCCACCGGCGACGUCUCGGGUUACCGGCUGUUGGCGACUCCUCUCUCCUCCAGAGGUCAGCUUCUCCUGCUCCGGCAGAGACAGCUGGACCUGAAAGCAGACGUGAGCUCGCAGCUGGUGACAGACCUCAGUCCCAGAACCGCUUAUUCCUUCACAGUCUACGCCAUCUACCCAAACCUCAUCGGAGAGUCGGCCACCGUCAGCGCCCAGACCACUCCUCUGCCUCAGGUGGCCAACUUCCGCGUCAUCGAAGAGGGUCUCUUCUCUCUCCGCCUGGGCUGGACCCCCCCUCCAGGGAAGCUGGAUGGAUACAAGAUCUUCAUCCCGAGAUCCAACCGGCCGGGCCUCUCCUACGAGCAGCAGCUUCCUGCGGAUGCCUCCUCCCACGUGAUCGACAGCCUUGAGGAGGAUAAAAAGUACUCAGUCAGCAUUUAUGCUGUCUACCCUCAAGGGCCGAGUCUUCCGGUGUCGGUGGUGGGGAAGACCUUGAAACUGCUGCCGGUCAAGCAGUUUGUGGUCCAGAAUGCCACCACAGACACCGUCCAGGCUCGCUGGUCUUCAGUCCAGGGGGCGUCCGGCUACCGUCUGACCUGGUCGUCUCCAGACGGCCACAUCGAGAACAUCAACCUGAGGGAGAACUUCAACUUCUACAUGAUCCAGGGGCUCCACCCAGGCUCCGAGUACACCGUCACCAUGAACCCCAUCUUUGGCGACAUCGAGGGGCCGGUCACCACCGCCACGUUGAAGACAUUGGAGAGCAGCGCAGUCCAGACCCUGAAGGUGUCAGCGGUGAGCACCAGCAGUGCUGUGGUCUCCUGGAACAGCGUCCCUGGAGCCACAGGCUACAGACUGGCCUAUGGACCCACUCAAGAGUUCACAGGUCGAGACCGCCCCCGACAGCUGGCCCUGAACGGCAGCACCACGGAGUACCACCUGAAGAACGUAGCCCAUGAUACGGAGUACGUGCUCACUCUCUACGUGCUGUUCGGACCUGUGGUUGGGCCCGGCAUCACUGCCACCUUCAGGACAUCUCCUCUGGGCUACGUGUCCAACUUCAGGGUGAGCUCCUACACCAGCACCACCAUCGACCUGGAGUGGAGCCCCAUUGUUGGAGCCACAGAGUACAAACUCACCUGGAAAGCAGGCGAUGGAGGCCAUCAGUCUCGCUACUUGGAUGGCCGUGUUCUGAACCACCGCAUCGAGGACCUGAACCCAGAGUCGACCUAUAGCGUCAUCAUCCGGGCCGUCUAUGGGAACUCAGAGGGACCGGAGAUCUCGCUGUCUCAGCUGACAGCUGCCGUGUCAGGUUCAGAACCAAUCCAGCCCGUGAGGGACGUGAAGGCCGUCGACAUCGGAGUUAACUUCUUCACCCUGUCGUGGAGGAAAAGUGCCGGGGCUACUGGCUACAAAAUCUCCUGGGUCCCUUUUCUCGGUGGGGAGGAGAAGUCCCACGUCGUUCCUGCUGAUUCCAACUCCUUCACAAUCAAGAACGUCCGUGAGAGCUCAGCGUUCAAGAUCCAAGUGGCUCCCAUGGUGGGCAACAGAGUGGGAAGCCCGGUUCUGCUCACCGCACGCACCCUGGACCUUCCAAAAGUCAACGACUUCACUGCCCUCAACGUGACGGACGGGAGCGUCGUCCUGAAGUGGACCCGUGUGGCGGAUGUCUCGGGAUACCUGCUGACCUGGAGGCACAUCUCAGUCCUGGAGACGAGGACGGAGACGCUGGGUCCUGCUUUUAGCUCCUACAAAAUCCGUGACCUUCUGUACGGCAGGACUUACAUUUUCAGCAUCAGACCUCUGUACGGGGAAGUGCAGGGACCGAUCACCACGGUCUACCAGAGAAUACUGGGAACGGAUCCGACAGCCAGGCCAGCGCUGCCCACUGCAGCUCCCACGUCCCGCCGUGUCCCCAGUGCGUCACCAGCUGUGGCCCUCGGAACCUCAGUGGCACCAACUAUGGCACCACAGAUUAGAACUGCGUCCGCCAAGAAGCCGGCGGGUCGACUGAGGGUCACCACGAGUGAGGACCCCUCUCAUCAGAUCAGCAGGGCAGCAACAGAGUCUCCGCCAGUGUGUGGGAAGUCCAAGGCCGACAUUGUCUUUCUGGUGGACGAGUCCUCCAGUAUUGGCGCCAACAACUUUAACAAGAUGAAAGACUUCAUGUUCCGAGUGGCCACGUACUUCCCUGUGAUCGGAGCCGAGGGAACUCAGAUGGCGGUGGUCCACUACAGCGACGAGCCGAGAAUUGAAUUCAGACUGAACGACUACAGGGAGCGGGACUCAAUCCUGCGCGCGCUCCGGGGGCUGCGCUACACGGGGGGCAACACCAAGACAGGAAAAGGCAUCAACUACGUUCUGCAAGAGCUGUUCCGGGAGUCCCUGGGCAUGAGGCAGAACGUGGCCCACGUCCUGGUUCUGAUCACGGAUGGCAGGGCCCAAGACAACGUGGAGCCUCCCUCCAGAAUCGCCCGAGCUCUGGGUGUCAGUAUUCUGGCAGUCGGAGUCUCCAAUGCGGAUCUGUACGAGCUGAAUAAAAUAGCGGCGCCCACCAGCUACAGGAACGUCUUCUUCUCACCCACUUUCGACGACUUCCCUUCAAUAGAGAGGGACUUCAUCAACAGUAUAUGCAGUGACGAGUUGCUUAAUGAAUUCAAACUGCCAGAGGAUGAGAUCGCUCUGCUGGACACUCCGACAGAGGAUCCGGAGCAGUUGCAGCAGCCCCAGGGUCCCUGCCCGUGUGUGAAGGGUCAGAAGGGCGACAAGGGGGAUGGGUCUGGUUUCGGAGGUCUGAGAUUUCGGCCGAGUCCUGGCCAGGUUGACCCGUUUAAGCCUGUUAAAGGAGAGAGAGGAGAGAAGGGACCUCCGGGAACAGAUGGGAUUCCUGGGUUGCCGGGGCGACCGGGGAGAACUGGACCCCCAGGUUCUGUGGGCCUGCGGGGCUCUCCAGGAGUCGCUGGUGAACCGGGUGUGGCGGGCGUCACGGGUCCGAAGGGCCAGAGAGGAGAGAGAGGCGAACCCGGGUACGUCGUUGCCGGUGCGGACGCCACUUUUGUUCCAGGCAGGAAAGGCGAGCCAGGAUCUUCGGGACCCAGAGGACCUGCUGGAGUUCCAGGAGCAAAUGGCUCUCCUGGCGCGCCGGGCCACCAAGGACCUCAAGGCCCGCCGGGUUUGUCAAUAAAGGGAGACGCUGGUGAAAAGGGUGAAACUGGUUUACGUGGGGACCCGGGCUUCAAGGGAGACAAAGGAGAGCCAGGCAGAGAUGGAGUUGCUGGUUUGCCGGGUCCAAUCGGCAUCGACGGCAUUGCUGGGUUGCCAGGUCAAAAAGGACAAAAGGGAGAAGAAGGAAUUGGCAUUCAGGGUGUUCAAGGAGCUGGUGGAGCACCAGGAGAGAAGGGAAGCAUGGGCUUCACCGGUCCUGUUGGUCCCAAGGGUGAGCGAGGAGAACAAGGCCUCCAAGGAGAGCUGGGUCCUCGAGGGAAGAAGGGACAGGACGGAGAGAGAGGAGAGAAGGGUGUCAAGGGAGAGAUGGGACCGGUCGGACCACAAGGACCAACUGGACUGACAGGGCCGAUGGGACUGAAGGGAGAUGAGGGCCCACGAGGAUUUCCAGGGGAUCCAGCCAAGGGUAUUCUCGGUCCCACCGGGAAGAAAGGCGUGCGGGGAGACGUCGGUCCAGUCGGUCCCAAAGGUGCCCAGGGAGUCAAAGGGGAACAAGGAGUCAAAGGAGAUAAGGGCAGUCCUGGAUUUGGGAUUCCAGGACAGCGAGGACCAAAGGGGGAGAACGGUGAAAGGGGGAAUGUUGGUUUAUCUGGAAAACCAGGGCCGAAGGGUCAAGACGGCUCCAAAGGAGUCAAAGGCAGUGUUGGCGUUCCAGGGAAUCCUGGAGGUCCAGGAUUAAGAGGUGAAGAUGGAGCCCCAGGAUCUAAAGGAGAGCCAGGUCCGAAGGGAGAACAAGGACCACGUGGAGAGCCCGGCGACGUAGGAAUACGGGGUCCACUGGGACUUCCGGGGCGGCCUGGGGACACGGGGGAGAAAGGUGGCGUCGGGCAUCCUGGCAAGGCCGGCACUGACGGGAAGAAAGGAGAGAAGGGCGAGCCGGGGAAGCCAGGACCUCCGGGAAUUCAAGCGAUGACGUCCGACAACAUUUUGACCAGAGUCAUCAAGGGAGAGCCGGGAGAACCUGGCCAGCCCGGGCAGGGAGGAGAACCGGGCCUACCUGGGCCCAGAGGUCCAGAAGGAAAACCCGGUUUGCCAGGAUCUUCUCUGGGUGGUUCUGGAAAAGACGGACUCAACGGGCUGCCAGGAAAACCAGGAGCCAAGGGUGACGAGGGCAAGAGAGGAGAGCCUGGUCAGAGAGGGGAGAAGGGCGAGCAGGGUCGGCUGGGCAUCGUUGGAGCGCCGGGAUUACCAGGGACGCCUGGGAAACCUGGCAUCGAUGGCAAGCGAGGACAGCCAGGAAAAGAUGGAGAAAAGGGAGAACAAGGAGCCGAGGGCAAAAAGGGGGACAAAGGUGACGCUGGCUUCGAUGGAAAGGAGGGGAGCAAAGGUGAACCCGGAGCCCCGGGGUUGCCUGGUCGGCAGGUCCUGGUCACUCCUGAUGGAGCGAGCGUCGAUGACCUCCGACAAGCCUUCCCCGUCCCCAUGGGCCCUCCAGGAGCUGCGGGUCCUCCCGGGCUGAAGGGGGAUCGAGGAGAAACCGGCUUGACUGGAGAAAAGGGCGAACCAGGGGCUGCAGGGAAGUCCAUUGACAUGAAGGACAUGGAAGUGAUGUUUGAAGACUACGGGAUCCGGCUUCCUUUGCUGAAGGCUUUGAUUGACAGGCUGCUCCAGGACGGUGUUGAAGAGCUGCUCCACGUGCUCCUCACCUCCAAGACAGCCAGAGUGGAGGGGGACGGGGAGACGUCCAACGUCAUCGCUGAAAACACGGAGCAGAGUUUUGGGAAGUUUGACACGUCGAACAAGUCGCUGCUGGAGUCGCCGCCCAAGAAGGAGCAGAACGUGGACCAGCAAGUUCCUGGGGGGUUGAAGGCAAUGGUUACAGAGAUGCCAGCAAGUGCCGCGGACACAGCUCUUGCUCCUCCACAGGAUCCCAGCAAGAAGUCCGGGCAGAAGAAGAACAAGGAGCGAGGAAAGGGCAAAGGAAAAAAGGGACGACCUAAGAGGCAGAGACAUGGCCUGAUGCAUGGGCCAAGUGCGGAGGAGGAGGAGGAGGCUUGGGAGGACGGCGGGUACGAGGAUGAUGUCGUCCACGAUGAGUCACCUCAUCCUUGGGAGAGGAUGGACCACAGACAGGACCCGGCGACUCUCAGCCCCACCCAGCUGGAGACGUCCUCUCCCCACCUGCCCUGGAGCCCAGAGCAGCAGGUGAGCACACAGGAGCCAGCGCUGCUGCCUGCCCCAGCUGAGGAGCCGAGCCAGGUACCUGCCUCUGCAAGUCGGGUCAAGAGAAGUGAGGACUGGUCUGAAAGCCUGGGGGCCAUGCCUGGAGUCCCAGGAGGAAAGAGCCAUUCCAAGCAGAGCCAACAUCAAGCCUCCGGAGCUUCACGACGGUGGACGGUCCAACACCCCAGCGACCACAGCUCCAUGAACAAUUUCAACUGGGAGCGUCCUCCACACACAAGAGGCCGGAGGCGAGAGGCAGAAGGUCCUGGGGCUGAGGAGACGCAGGACUUGGACGACGCUGAUCCAACAACUCACCCAGAUCUGUCCUUUGAGGACGAGGCAGGCAGUGGAGACCAGGAGUCGGGGGCGGGCGACGUGGACAGAGAGAGCGACUGGGAGGAAGAGUUGGAGGCGGAACGUGAGAGGGAACGACUGGAGAUGGAGCGAGAAAGAGAAGAGCUGCAGAGAGAGAAGGAGGCCGAGCUGGAGAACCAGCGGAGGAGGGAGGAGUGGGAGCGGCGAAGGCUGGAGAUGGAGCGGGGCCCGUACCCACCACACCACCACCACCACCACCUGAAGGGCCAGCCCGGGGAGGACGGGGCCCCGGGGCCAAAGGGGGAGCUUGGAGAGAAGGGCCAGAAGGGAGAGCCAGGUAUUGGUCAUCGAGGGCCCGAGGGCCAGGCGGGGCCUCCGGGCCACAAGGGGGAGCCUGGAGAACCAGGGCCUCCUGGUGCUCAGGGCAUUCAAGGCAUCCGUGGCAACCCUGGGUUUCAGGGCUCCCCGGGUGUCAAUGGUCACCCAGGUGACCCCGGUGGACCCGGUCGAGAUGGAAACAGAGGUAGACGGGGGAAAAGUGGUUCACCUGGGCCCCCGGGACCCGAGGGGGCAUCCGGACCUCCGGGUCCUGUUGGAGCCCCUGGUGUCAGCGGAGAAAAGGGCGACAGCGUUCCAGGACAGCCGGGAGCUCGGGGACUGAUCGGCUUGCCUGGACUGAAGGGAGUCAAAGGGUCGCCUGGCACCAAAGGAGCUCUGGGCCAUGUGGGUCUUAAAGGGUUUCGGGGCAGCAAAGGUGAAAAGGGUGAGCGAGGCUUGCGAGGAGUGAGAGGAGAGAGGGGGAGCACGCUGCAGAUUCAAGGUCCCCCGGGAUUCAAGGGCGCCAAAGGAGAUCCGGGCGAGCGAGGCCCGCCGGGCUUUGACGGGGAUAAAGGAGAGAAGGGGGAGGACGGUCCGCCCGGAGUCAAGGGCCUGAAAGGAGACGCCGGGACCAAAGGGACGCUGGGCCGGUUUGGAGCCCGAGGACCGGUGGGCCAGAAGGGGGAUCCAGGAGAGCCAGGGGUGAACGGGGUCACGGGCCGAAACGGAGACCACGGAGUGGACGGAGCCAAAGGGGACAGAGGGGAUAACGGGAUGCAAGGGCAGAAGGGUAGUCAGGGUGAUCCGGGAGAACCUGGACUGGCCGGAGACCAAGGGGAGAAGGGAGAGAAGGGAUUCCGAGGAUUUCCAGGCCGCACUGGGGCCCCGGGCUUCGACGGGGAGAAGGGGGAAACGGGCUCGCCUGGCACGCCUGGUGUUCCUGGACUGAAUGGACUGCCUGGUCACAAGGGGGCCAGAGGAGCAGGAGGAGUGGAUGGUGUCGAAGGGGAACCAGGAGAAAAGGGAGAGAAGGGUGCAGCUGGCUUUUCUGGGUUCCCUGGGUUCAAGGGCUCGACAGGUAGUCCAGGAAGAGACGGGAAUGAGGGACUACCAGGAGCUCCAGGACCCAGAGGAGGCACAGGUCAAAAGGGCGAGAGAGGGCGACGAGGCCGGCCGUGCCAGAGAGGCUCGCCAGGGAGCCCCGGGCAGAGAGGAGGCCGGGGUCCGGUUGGGAUUGAAGGAUCCAAAGGCCAGAAAGGAGAGCCCGGUCUUUCAGCGGUUGAAGUGAAGACGCUGGUCACCCAGGAGCUGGUGCAGAAGUGCGGUGUGGAGCACAGGUUGAUGCUGAAGGCUGUGGGUCCAGACGGAGCGGGCCCCGUGAACAGAGAGAGCAGUGAGCCUGAUGGUGAAGUGUCCAUGAAGGAGGAGGAGGACGAGGCUUUAACUGGUGGAGUGGAGGAGACCCUGGAGGAGCAGCAGGACCCGGCCAGCCCGACCGAUCCCAGGAGACGCAGAGCAGUGUUUGGCUCCGCAGAUGCCGCCGGCCGCUGCCUGGAGCCCAUGUCCGAGGGCCCCUGCGCCGACUUCGUCCUGCUCUGGUACUUCCACCCAGCGUCGGGGACCUGUCGGCCCUUCGUCUUCGGGGGCUGCGGCGGGACGCUCAACCGCUUCUCCUCCCGGCAGCAGUGCCGGGACCUGUGUGUGCUGGAGACCAGAGUGUAGAGGAGCCUGCGCCCGCCGGACAUUUUGUUGCCAACGUUAACACCAGACACUUUCCUGUUGGAGCCAGACACAAGGCUGCGCCGCCGCUGGAUGACAUCAUGCUCUCUGACAGCAGGGGGCGCCAGGACCGCAGCUUUGGGAUGGGAAACCAGUUGCUUUUCAAAAUAAAAGUUGCCAUGAAGAUUGGGAAAGUUGCUCAAUUUAAAGAGGGGCGGGGCUUAUUUUCGUCUGGGCGCGCGGGCCGCGGCUAAGCUAGCAGGCGGCGUCACUCGCGAGGGUGAGUCUCUCGCACUGAGCCGCUUCCUGUCGCGUGAGUCACGCGCUUCGGUUGGAGUGACUCGUCUCAGACACGUCGACGUGCUGCGAGUUUCUGACUUGGUGGCAGCGUUUUUGGGGAGGCUGGGUGCGAAGCGUGGAGGCACCUGACCCUCCCAGGCAGAGGGGUGCAGGAGGCUCCAGCGCUGCUCCCCCUGGUGGCACAGACACGUCCUGGCCCCUGGGCCGCCCGCGACCCUCCUCUGCACCACACCAGGGCCUGGGACCGUCGGGACUUCGGUCGUUUCUUCUGAAGACAUUCAGCUGAGGAGAAGAAAGAAGGAGAGAAGGCGGCGCUGCUCCACCGUGGGUCGCUGCGGGGAAACGCCGAUUUCGCGUCUCCAUCAUCAGGUGGUCCGAUUUUUUUCUCGGCGUGGGCGCCGCCUCCUGACGCGUCAUCAUUGCGCCAGCCAAUCAGCAGCGCUCGGGAGCGUCCUACUAAA